ACAUAAUAUUCAUUCACAUUCACAAGAAUGAGGUUCCGGAGAACAUUCCCAGGAAUGAAAGAAUUAACAUUAUGGAAAGCAUUUGGUGGCUCUGGAUCUGUGCUUGCUCAAGUUCAGAAGAAUGAUGGAGGAGCUAAUUGAAACUUACCAAAUAUCAUAGCCUAGAGUCCACUACCUAUAAAAUGCACAGAACUACUCGGAUCAAAAUUACAGAGCUGAAUCCACAUCUGAUGUGUGCCCUGUGCGGGGGAUAUUUUAUAGAUGCCACAACAAUCAUAGAAUGUCUACACUCAUUUUGUAAAACUUGUAUCGUUCGCUACUUGGAGACCAACAAAUAUUGCCCUAUCUGUGAUGUGCAGGUGCACAAAACUAGACCCCUCCUUAGCAUUCGGGCUGACAAAACAUUACAAGAUAUCGUCUAUAAAUUAGUUCCAGGACUUUUCAAAGAUGAGAUGAAGAGGCGGAGGGACUUCUAUGCAGCCCAUCCCUCAGCAGAUGUCGUAAAUGGUUCAAAUGAAGACCGUGGAGAAGUAACAGAAGAAGACAAAAGAAUUAUCGCAGAUGAUGAAAUCAUUAGUUUGUCCUUAGAAUUUUAUGACUGCAACAAAUCAGAAAAGAAGGAGGUCCCACAUACUGAUGGAACAGACAAGGCUAACAGUGUCCGGUAUCUGCGGUGUCCCGCUGCAAUGACAGUAAUGCAUUUGGGAAAAUUUCUCCGGAAUAAAAUGGACAUUCCCAGCAAUUUUCGAAUUGAUGUUAUGUACGAAGAUGAACCCCUCAAAGAUUACUACACACUUAUGGAUAUAGCUUAUAUUUAUACAUGGAGACGGAAUGGUCCUCUACCCCUGAAGUACAAGGUGCAACCUGCAUGCAAAAGGUUAAAACUCAGUCAUCCCAAUGAGGAUUUCGCCAACACGAGUAUGAACUCAGAGAGUGACUCUGUGAGUGACAAAGGCAGCCCAGCCGCCGUUCCUUCCACAUCCUCUUCGCUGCCGAGCCCCAGCACGCCUGAACUCUCCCCCAAUUCACAAUACCCUGCCACAGCGGCCUCGGUCAUGAAUGGAAACACAAACUGUCACCAGAUGCUCCCAUCUGUACUCAGAGGCCGCAAAGUGACUGUAAACGGCUCGACAACCCCCACCUCCUGCUGAAAUCUGGAACGACCAAAUUAAUGUCAAGCAACGAGGAAAUGAAAUUCACCUAAAUAAUAUACACUGCGCUGCCAGCAUUCAGCUGACUGCUGCACCCUUUAUUAAAUGUAUAUAUAUUACAUUUGCUGUUUAGCAAUAUGUUUAUUGUAAGAAACAUUUCUAUUCCUCCAUACAACUUCUGAAAUGCUAUUGGCCAACGUGCACCACUGGUUAUGGCCGCAGAUGCUGUGGAUGCUUUGCCUCAACUUACAGAUACAAGUACAGUCAACUCCUCUUAAAUGAAACAGCAUUGGCCAAGUUCACCAUGCGUGCUCCUUGAAACAUCAAGUGAUGUGGCUUUCUCCUUUAAGGGAUAGUUGUCUUAAACUCAGUCUCAUUAGUUCCAAGUUAUUAAAAAAGGGAGUGAUAUCAUUUCUGUCAAUCUGAUGUGCUUUAAUGGUAUUUGUAUCUGAUUAAAAUUGACCAGAAAUAUGAGAGUUGAGUGUUGGGUGAUACAGCCCAGCAGCACUUCUUUGAAUGAGGUGAGGGCACCUUUUUUCUCUCAUACACAUUGUAUAUAAAGCUGAUGAAAUAUCAGAAAGUGUGCACCAUAAAAUAUUUACAUCAUAAUGAGAUUUUCAAUUUUAAUGAAACCCAAAUGUUUGUCUCCUAAUUCUAGCUUUGCAUAUAUUGGGAAAAUAUAUUCAAUGUUUUAUUUCACACAGUUAUGUCAGUUGUCUUCAACAUUUAUGGGUUUAUAUUGUAUAUGUAGAUGUGUUCAUGUGGGGAGAAAGUAUAAUUGAAGUAUAAUUCCACCGUAGUCCAGCUGUUGCAUUUCCAUACCUUUCUGAUUCCAGGUGUCAGAUAAAGAAGCAAUCUGAGAUAAACCCAUCUUCAGCCCUGAACAGAGAAAUUCUUUCACAACUCUGUCACAUUUAGUUAGAUCAUGAUAUUGGAAUAUAAUUAAGCCAUUCAAUCAUAACAUCUGCUCCAUGGCUGAUUUAUUCCUCCUCUCAACCCAAUAGUCCCCAAAUGACUUGCACUGCUGUUGUGGUGAUGAACAUAGAUUCAUCACUCUUUGGCUAAGGAAAUUCCUCCUCAUCUCUGUUAUAAAGAGGAUUCCUUCACUAAUCUGGAAGAUAGGGAUUAUUUAUUUUGGUGUGGGGACGGUGGUAUGGUGUUGUAAGGGGGAAUUCUAUAGGAGAUUUUCCAAGCAAAUCACCAACUGCUCUUGUCCCAAUUAGCUGGGUAUUUUUCACCAUUCAUUCCUUCGUAGAGGCUCUUAUAAUCUCUGCAGGUUAUAAUCAGAAUGAGGAGAUUCAGGUACAGAUACUACUUAAUAUACUGCAAAUGAAAUAUGUGCAGAAUUAUAAAUUCAGGUAGAAACUAAUGAGAUUAGAAUCAUACUUCCAAAUUUUAUAGACACGGCUUUUGUUGGCAAUUCAAUAAGGAAUAAUCUGUUACCGCUUUGCAUUCAGAUGCUUGGUUUUAAAGUGACUGCAGCAAUCAAAUCUUUAUUGUAAUAUUAAUUGAUUCUAAAUAUGCUGGUAGCACAAUUGGUGACUUUAAAAACAACCUCAGUUAGCUGGAAGAACACAUGCUAGACGUUAAAGGAACUCAAUGGGUCAGACAGCGUCUACAUUGGUAAUUAAACAGUAGAUGAUGUUCCAGUCAACAGGACUGUUCCACAUAUCCUGCCUAUCUCCACCAUUUUGCGUGUACUGUUCUGGAUUUCCAGUAUCUUCAGAAUUUCUUGUGUUUGUGUUCUCACUUAACAGGAUUCGACUGUACAAGUAAGCACUUUCAAUGCUUACAUUUUUCGUGUGUGUGUGUGUGUAUGUGCGUGCGCACACAUGCACAUCAGCGAGUAUGAAAUGAAAAUUCUUUCCCUCUUAAGAUUUGCUACCGACCGAACAGCACAAAUGAAAUGAGCUUAAAAUGGAAUAUUGUUUUAAAAUUUAUUUUUUGUUUUGAUAAUCUUAUUAAAUCAUUUUAGAAUUGUAUUUAAUUAUAAACAUUUUUCCAUGUUUCAGAAUAACUUUUUAAUUGUAGAAUGGGAAAUGUUGUGAAGGCCAUCCCAUUAAAAUAAUGACAAUUUCCAAUUAUUUUCUAGAGCAAAAAGAAAACCUUAUUGAAUAAAGUUUUGAAAGGAAUAGAGAUGGGUAACUUAACAUUGCCUCAUUUAGAGAUUGCGCUGUAUGCUGACUGUAGAUGAAGUUUUCAAAAAGCACAUUUUAAGAAGAGGAUAAUGAAGAUACAGAACAUGCUAUUCAGUGCCAGAGGUAUAAUGUGAGCCGAAGUCUUCAGAGCAGCAGCCUCUCUUGGUUGCAUUAUCAAUGUGUUACUGUCAUUUUCAGAUCUGAAGCACUAUCGCAUUGUAUUUUCAUCUGGCCUCCAGCAAAUGCAUCUGUAUCUUGAGUAUGCAAUGGUGCACUCUAAAAUGGCUGCAAAAAAAUGAGUCCAGGGAUCAGUGAGCUCUCGACCGAGAUAUUAAAAUCUCUUUAUUCAUGCACCUUGCCUCCACAGUAGACUGCAUUGUAGUGGACGUUCCUAAAAAGGGGACUGUAUUUCAAGCCAUAAUGAGAGGCACGUGGCAAGACCACGAACCAAAAACAAAAGCGAUCCAGAGUCAUUUACAGAAAUUCUAUGAAAGUGCAAUAGAUUCAGAGGAAAGAUCAGGCAACUGUACCGUCAAGCUCUGUGCAUCAUAUACCUUUCCUGAGAGACUUCAUGGUUACCAUAAUGCUGGCAAUUUAUCCUAUACAUUUCACUUUAACUGACGAACAAAUUAAACAAACAAAGCCCACUUAAUGUAAAUAUAUGCUAAUUAAUGAGUUGUCCCCUCACAAAUUUACACAGUAUAGAAGGGAAAAAGUUCGGUACUGGUCAGAUUCAAUAUUCAGUGCUGGUUUUUUAUUGUGGUUUCAGAGAACAUUUUUGUUACAUAUUAACAUUCACAUUGUUCAUUUCAAAUAGGAUUCUGUACAAUAAAACAAGUACUUUAUAAUGAAAGGUGCGAUGGCAAUAAUGAACAAUAUGUAACAGCCAAUGUUGCUUGGAACAAAUACAUUGUUUUAACAUUUGUCUGUGGUCAUACAUGUGGCAUUUAAUUUGGCACUGCAAUAUUUCAAAGUAGAUAUAAUUCCAAUGGGAUUAUGGAAGUAACUAGGAAAACAAAAGAGGAAACCACGCCCCAAUUAGAACCUAUAGAGAAAUGUUUUGAGAUUCAUGGUUAAUAGGAAUGCCAAGAAAAUUCAACCUUUCACACACAGGACUCGUGUAUUUUCUAGUUGAUAUAUAUAAAGAAUAAUGACAUUCGAAACCAACAUGAACAGGGAACUGUCUAAGCAGGAUUUAACUACUCCAGAUGCGUGGGUCCUACUUUGAAGUCAAACUUUGCUUUCCUUAUGUUACAAUGAUGUUGACUAGUUGACCCAGAUGAGAUAUAUGUGUUCACCAAGUCAUUCCAAAUCCUCCAGGUGUACGUUGAAUUUCCAUAAAUACCACAAGUUCAUUGAAUCGUCAGAUGAUCUAAUUUGUACACAAAUUCACAAGAUUGCCAUUUCUGCAAAUUCUAAAUUUUCCCUGUUGUAUAUUUCCAUGAAUACUGUUGAAGGGUAGAAUUUAUUAAUUUUUUUUUCCAAAUGAACCUGUGAGACAAAUAGGCCUGUAAAUUAUAGUCAAAAAUGCAAAGUAAAUAUUCAGAGUGCUGGAAACAACUUUGGACGUUGAGCUUAAUACAUAUUGGGUAGUCAUAGAGUUUCGUUAUAGUUAGACAAGCUCAAUUCCAUUAAGACCUGACAACUCAACUUACCUUGGAAACAGGACCACCUGCUCCACUUGAUGAAAUGACUUUGUUGCUGUGCUGAUUAUGAUAUAAAUUGCCAACGGCGUGUUCUAUAUACUGCUAGCCAAUAGCAGCUGGCAGCAUUAACAACAUGAAACAACAUGACUAAAGCCUGUAUCAAUUGGAAAAUGUUUGAAAGAACAACCGAAACAGAAAAUUCAUUAUAAAGUUAUUAUCAAAAUACACAUAUAUAUUCAAAAUAUUCUAAGCAGAGAUUUAUUUUCUUACAGGCAUUCAAGGAAAAUAGCAAGAAACGCAAGACAAUUUCCUUAAAAAAACACAGUAAACAAUAUGUUAAUAAGUAAGCAUAGCGUUAUAAAAGUAAUUCCAUAUCUAGGUACAUAGAUAGAUAAAUGGAUAAAUAGUUGGAUAGAUAGAUAGAGAAAUGGAUGGAUCAAUGAUUAGGUAAAUAGAUAUGUAUUUACCAUGUACUGUACUGUUUUUGAGGAUAAAUAUGUACUGUAUAUUUUUGACUAGAAAUCAAACUAUGUAAAUGUACAGUAUGUGGUUGUCUAUUUAGAAGUGUGAGUAUAUAUAUGUAAUAUAUUUGUUUGUCUAAUGGUGACAAUCAACCUAUGUGGAUCUGUCAGAAUAGAUAGGAACUGUACAUGUUUACCUUUGGAACACAACCUAUGUGGAUGUGUGAGGAUAUUUACACACAUACGCAUACUGUACAUGUUUGUCUACUUGGGAAAUCAACCUGUGAAGAUAUAAAUAUACUGUAUAGGUUUGUCUCUGGACAUUAAUCUGUGUGGAUGUAUGUGUGUGUGUGUGUGUAUAUGAGUGUGAUCCUCACAAAUUGACAUAGGUUGCUUUGCUGAGGGAAUUGAUUUCCAAUAUUAGUAAAAAUAUACAGUACAAAUUUACCCUCACAGUCACAUAGGUUGAUUUCCAGAGAAAAACCUACACAGUACAUAUAUACCCUGACAAUAUACAGUACACACACACACAUCCACAUGGGUUGACUUCCCGAGGCAAACAUAUACAGUAUAUACACUCACACACAUAUAUAGUGCAUAUAACAUAUAUAGUACAUACAUAUAUACGUGUACACACACACACAUAUAUGUGUGUGUACUACAUAUGUUUGACUCGACAUAAAGCUAUGUGGAUGAGUGAUGAUAUAUAUGUGCACAGUAUAUUUGUCACUGGAAAUCAACCUGUGUGGAUGUAUGAUAAUAUAUACUUACUCUAUAUAUUUGUCUUAGUAAAUCAACUUUUUUGGAUAGGUGAGGAUAUAUAUUUACUGUAUACAUCUGUCUCUGGAAAUAAACCUAGGGGACGUGUGAGGGUAUUUAUGUUCACAGCACAUCUGUCACUUAAAAACAUAUACAGUCAUCUAUGUUUGUCUGCUUUAGGAAAUCAACCAAUGUCGAUGUGUGAGCAUAUACAUUUAUUGUAUAUAUUUGACUCUGGAAACCAAGCUACGUGGAUCUGGGAGUAUACAUACGUGCUGUAUAUGUUUGUCUAAUGUUGGAAAUCAACCUGUGUAGAUGAGUGAGGAUAUAUAUGUACACAGCACAUCCGUCACUUAAAAAUCAACUUGCUUGAAUCCAUGAGGACAUAUAUGUACUGUAGAUGUGUUUCUCUGGAAAGCAACCUAUGUGGAUAUGCGAGGAUAUAUAUAGACUAAAUAUGCUUGCCUCUGGAAAUCAGCCUAUGUGGAUGUGUGAGUAUAUAUAUGUACUAAAUAUAUAUUUUUUCUGGAUAUAAACUAUGUGGAUACUUGAGGAUAUAUAUGAGCUGUAUAUAUAUUUUGUCUCUGGAAAUAAAGCCAUCUGGAUGUGUGAGGAUAUAUAUAUGUACUUCACAUGUUCAUCUAAUGUUAGAAAUCAACUUGUGUGGAUGAAUGAAGCUAUGUACUGUACUGUACAUUUUUGUGUACUGUUGGAAAUCAGCCUAUGUAGAUGUGUGAUGAUACAUGUGUACUGUACAUGUUUGUCUCUUGAAAUCAACGUAGGUGGAUGUGUGAGGAUAUGUAUGUACUAUGUAUGCUUCUCUAAUGUUGAAAAUCAGCCUAUCUGGAUAUGUCAGGAUAUAUAUAUAUAUGUACUGUAUAUGUUUGUCUAUUGUUGGAAAUCAACCACUUGUCACUGAAAGUCAACUUAUGUCAAUCUAUGAGAAUAUAUAUGUGCUGUAGAUGCAGAAAGCACUUAUGUGGUUUUGCGAGGAUAUGGUAUGUCCAGUAUGUGUUUGGCUGAUGGAUUGAUUUCCAGUGCAUCAUUUAGGAUAUAUAUCUACUGUAUAUGUUUACCUCUGGAAAUUUAUCUAUGUGGAUAUGCAAGGAUAUCUAUGGACUAAGUAAGUUUGCCUUUGGGAAUCAACCUGUGUGGUUCAUUAACCAAUGUGGAUAUUGAAGUAUUUAGAUAUAUCUAUUUCUCUCUCUCUCUCUCUCUCUCUCUCUCUUGCUCUCCCUCCCUCCCUCUCCCUCUCCCUCACCCUCUCUCUCUAUCCAUGUGUGUGUGUCUGUGUUCUGUAUAUGAGUGUCUAAUGUUGGAAAUUAUCCUAUAUGAAUGUGUGAGGAUAUGUAUGACCACUAUAUACCCAUAUAUAUUUGUCACUGGAAAUUAAACUGUGUGGAUCAGUGAGGAUAUGUAUGUACUAUAUUUGUGACUGGAAAUCAACUAAUGUGGAUGUGUCAGGAUAUAUAUGAACUGAAUAUGCUUGCAUCUGGGAAUAGCCUAUUUGAAUUUGAGAGGAUAUCUAUGUACCAUUUAUGUUUGUCUCUGGAAAUAAAGCUAUGUGAAUGUAUGAGGAUAUAUAUCUACUGUACAUAUUUACCUAACGUUGGAAAUCAACAUGUAUGGUUGAGUGAGGA